UUCUCUGCUUGUUACUCAAGAAAACUAAAGAGACUUUUGCUUCUUCCAAUCUGAAGGAAAUGGCACCCGCAGCAGAUGUGGAGGAUGAGAUUAAGGACGAGAAGAAUCCUAGACCUCUUGAUGAAGAUGAUAUUGCUCUACUCAAGACUUAUGGUUUGGGGCCUUAUUCCACAAGCAUAAAGAAAGUUGAGAAGGAAAUCAAGGAAAUGGCAAAAAAGAUAAAUGAUUUGUGUGGUAUUAAGGAAUCUGACACUGGGUUGGCUGCACCAAGUCAGUGGGAUCUAGUUUCAGAUAAACAGAUGAUGCAGGAGGAGCAACCUCUUCAGGUGGCUAGGUGUACAAAGAUAAUUAGCCCCAAUACUGAAGAUGCAAAAUAUGUAAUAAAUGUCAAGCAAAUUGCUAAGUUUGUUGUUGGAUUAGGUGAUAAAGUUUCACCUACUGAUAUAGAAGAAGGCAUGAGAGUCGGUGUUGAUAGGAAUAAAUAUCAAAUUCAGAUUCCGUUGCCCCCCAAAAUUGAUCCAAGUGUCACAAUGAUGACUGUCGAGGAAAAACCUGAUGUUACAUAUAAUGAUGUUGGAGGAUGUAAGGAGCAAAUUGAGAAGAUGCGGGAGGUUGUUGAACUUCCCAUGCUUCACCCUGAAAAAUUUGUCAAACUUGGAAUUGAUCCCCCUAAGGGCGUUCUCUGUUAUGGUCCUCCUGGUACUGGGAAAACAUUGCUUGCCAGAGCUGUUGCAAAUCGUACGGAUGCAUGCUUCAUUCGCGUUAUUGGUAGUGAGCUUGUUCAGAAAUAUGUUGGUGAGGGAGCUAGAAUGGUUCGCGAACUGUUCCAGAUGGCACGCUCCAAGAAGGCCUGCAUUGUGUUUUUCGACGAAGUAGAUGCCAUUGGAGGUGCACGAUUUGAUGAUGGAGUCGGGGGAGACAAUGAAGUUCAACGAACCAUGCUUGAAAUUGUGAACCAGCUUGAUGGUUUUGAUGCUCGAGGGAAUAUUAAAGUUCUCAUGGCAACCAAUAGACCUGAUACACUUGAUCCAGCUUUAUUACGUCCUGGACGAUUGGAUCGAAAAGUUGAAUUUGGCCUGCCUGAUUUGGAGAGUAGAACACAGAUAUUUAAGAUUCACACACGAACAAUGAACUGCGAACGGGAUAUUCGGUUUGAACUCUUGGCCCGACUCUGUCCUAACUCUACAGGAGCUGAUAUUAGAAGUGUGUGCACGGAGGCUGGAAUGUAUGCUAUUCGAGCGAGGAGGAAAACUGUCACGGAGAAAGACUUUUUAGAUGCUGUCAAUAAGGUCAUCAAAGGGUAUCAGAAGUUCAGUGCAACACCGAAGUACAUGGUCUACAAUUGAUUGGGCCUCUUUUUGGCUCUUGAAGGGGACAAAGGGCGUUGACAGGAACAAGGAGCUUUCAUUUGAUCAUGAAAUAUAUAAACCUCUGGCUGUUGUUGUGUUUACUGCCUGGAAGAUGCAGGAUCCGAUGUGGCUUGUGCAUUGCAACAUCUUUGGUGAUUUGUUGUCGGUACCAAAACUGGACACUAUUUCUCUGAUAAUUUUCUCUGUUUCAGCUUCUUAAGUUCCACUUCUAUUCAAGGCUUUGUAAUGUGCUAUAUUUUGUUUUGAUUGCCCACUGUUACACAUCUUCAAAAGAUACGUUUGUUUUUUGUUCUGCACAUGCUUCCUGA